UAAGUAUUCAGUAUUGCUGGAACAUACAGCGGCUUGUACAACUACCUAAUACAAAUAAUUCAAAUAAAAAGUAGUAUAGUCUGCGAUGACAACAACAACCGAUAAUGAUAGCUUUAAUGCUGAUGAGUUGGAGGCACCCAAGUGGCUAAAUGAUCGGUUCAUUGAGGAAGUGCUGAGUAAGCAUGAGAAUGCGCCAGAACUAAAAGUUUUGGAUGUUAAGAUGUCUCCAGCCAGUGAGAAGGGGGAUCACUAUGCAAGCAUUAUGUUUCGUGGCAACGCUACGUAUACCACGGAGAAAGGGAAGUUCUCAAAAUCGCUGAUCAUCAAGACAAUGCCCGAAGCGGAGGGUCACAAAAAAGAAAUGUUAAGUGAAUCGCCUCUCUUUGAGACUGAAAUUGGCUUGUAUACAAAAGUGUUGCCCAAAUUCGAGCAAAUCUUACGCGAUGCUGGAGAUAAUACUCGGCUUUAUGUGCCCUGUAUAUACACAAGCUUGAAGCCUCGGCAGGUGAUGAUCUUUGAGGAUCUGGUGCCACAAGGAUAUGAGGUCAUAAGGGAUCGAGACUCAAACAUCGAGGAGAUAAAGUGUGCGUUUUCUAAGCUCGCCAAAUGGCAUGCAGUUAGCGUUCACGUAUUACAUGAGCAACCGGAUUACUUGCAAGAAUUUAAAUAUGGCAUGUUUGACAUGCCAACCAUCAGGGAAGACCCCUUCGUAACAACUGGCAUGAGCAAGUUCAUUGCAAUACUGGAAGAUGUUCCAGAAUUGAGAAAGUAUUUACCGUUUUUUAAGAAUAUAGAAAAUGAUUAUCUGGAUCGUUGUGGUAUUGUACUGCAGGAGUAUCGUAAGAAUCGCCAGCCCAAUGGGUAUUAUGUUCUAUGCCAUGGGGACUUUCAUCUCCGUAAUAUGAUGUUCAAGCACAACAAAGUAGAUGGAAAAUUGGAAGAUGUCAUGUUGAUAGAUUUCCAAAUAAGCAACAUAUGCCCUAUAACCAUCGAUUUGAUCUAUGCCAUUUACUUGUUUAUGGGUGUGGAAGAUCGACAAAAUAACUAUAAGGAAUUAAUUAACUAUUACUUCUCUGAGUUUAUCGCAACUUUGCAGAAAAUUGGCUUUAAGGGUGAACUACCGAAUUCUGAGGAGUUCUGGAAACAAAUGUCCCAACAUAAAUACUAUGAAAUUUUCCUAUUAACAACAUUUUUGCCCUUGAUUUCUGCCUUUAUGGAUAAAAGUAUUGAUGUCGGCGAUGUGAUGCAAAAGGAUGAAGUGCGGAUGAAUUUGUACCGAUUAGACAAUUACAUUCAAGAUGCAAAGGGCGUGCUCUCCAGAUUCGAAAAACUGGGAUAUUUUGAUUGAUAUGAAUAUGAUUGAUAAGAAAGUAUAAAAGAAAACUCGAUAGAAAUUAAAACGAGAGAAUAUUGAUUGCCAAAAAAAGCAAAUGAUACAACAAUGUUUAAAUAAAUCACUUAAAAAGGAGUUCCGAGCAAAAACUGUUUUAAAAUUAACUAAUAAAUAACUUGUAUAGAUAAAAUAUCAUUUACAGUUACAGUUACUCAGCUGCCCCGUUCAGCUGUGUACGCUCCUGAUUCGAGUUAUUAUAAUAAUUAUUAAUUCAUUAAUUUAAUUAUUACAAUUAUUACAAUUAUUAUAAUAGCUAGGAUGUAAAUGUUAUUUCAGAACAAUCAAUUUUUAGCUUACUUGCCACAUUAAAUGAUUGGAAAUUUU